AAAAGGUAAACGAAAACAAGAUAUUAAUCUUUCAGAAAUAUCGUAGAUAUACGGAUUUCUAGCAAAUAUAGCCUCUUUACACUAUGUCCGAUCCACGUUUCGCCAGCGUCAAAACCGAUCCCAGAUUCCGAAGGCCUAAGCAGAAGAACCUCAAGGUCGAAAUCGAUGAGCGUUUCAGAGAUGUUUUAGAGAGCGAAGAGUUUGGUGGCAAAACUAAGGGCGGAGCCAAAGUCGACAAACGUGGUCGACCCGUCACUGCGUCACAUAAAGCCGACCAGCUCAAGCGUUUCUAUCGUCUCAAAUCCCCUGAGGCGGCCGAGGGCGAGGGGGAAGGCUUUAUCGAUUACGCUCGUGGUGAAGGCGCUCUGUACUCAUCAGGAUCCGAAGAUGAGAGUGACGAAGAUGAAAGUGAGGUGGAAGAGGAGGAGCUCGAAGUUGGAGGGAAGAAGAAAGUGCGGUUACCGGCCAUGAGCGAAUCCGAGUCUGAGUCUGAUGAUGAUCAUCUCGAUAUCGAUCUUUCUGAAAACGAAGAAACUUCUGUUUUCCCUCCUGAGACAGAUGAAAUACCUUCUGACAAUGAGUCUGAGACCGAGCCCGUCGAUCCUACCAAACGUAUCGCCGUUGUCAACCUCGAUUGGGACAACAUGCAAGCUGCCGACCUUUACGCCGUUUUUAAUUCUUUCCUCACAAGACCUGCUACCAAGGGCGAAGUGAAAGCUCCAUCUGCGUUGGGUAAGCUUCUGAGGGUCAGGAUCUACCCAAGCGAAUUCGGCAAAGAAAGGAUGGCGAAGGAAGAGCAGGAAGGCCCUGGCGGUGGUAUCUUCAUAGGGAGCAAGAAGAAGAGGGACAACAAGAAGGAACGUAUUUCUAUCGCCAGGAAGGAAGAAAGUGAUGACGAAGAGGGAAAUGAGGAGGAAGACGAUGAAGAAGAAGAAAAUGAGGUCAGCGAUGAGGACUCUGACGAGGAGGACGAGGGAGACACUGAGGAAGAGAACGAAGACAACUACGACAAGCCGGCCCGCAAGUCCAACGACAAACUUCACAAGGAGAUCGACGGUCUGGAAAUUUUUUCUGACGUUGGGUCCGAGGCUGGUUCUGAGGAUAUUGAUAUGGACCAGUUGCGGCAGUAUCAGCUUGAAAGAUUACGAUACUACUACGCCAUUGCGACUUUCUCCAGUGUUGCUGCAGCAGAAUACGUCAUGAACGAGUGCAAUGGUACCGAAUUUGAGCAGACCGCCAAUAUAUUGGAUUUAAGUUACGUGCCCGAGGACAUGACUUUUGAUGAGGACUCUGUCAAGGAUGAAGCAGAUAAGGAGCCUAAAGCCUACAAGGGUAAUGACUUCGUUACCGACGCUCUUCGACACUCCAAAGUCAAGCUUACUUGGGACCAAGACGAUCCCAACAGAAUUAAGAUGACUCGACGAACUCUUACUCGAGAAGAAAUUGAAGAGCAGGAUUUCCAAAAUCUUGUUGCUGCCUCUGGAAGUGAAGUUGAAGAGUCUGACUUUGACGAUGACGAAGGUGCGGGAGGCGAGAGCAAGAAGGACAAGAAGAAGAAGAUGAAGGAGAGAAAGGAAAAGCUCAGAAAUCUUCUUCUCGCUGGUGGAGAUGACGAGGAUGGAGUCACUGAUGUUUGGGGCAAAGCUGGAACAGCGUGGGCGAAUGAGCUUGAGGAUAUUAAAUCUGCCGCUCUGAAGGACAGGUCCAAGUCUGCUUCCAAAAAGGCUAAGAAGGGAGAAGAUCUUGAGAUCACAUUCCGUCCUGGUCUUUCCGUUGCCAAAGGGGAUGGGGGUGAGGAGAAUAUGACUUCCUUAGAGAGAUACCAGUUGAGAAUGAAAGAGAAGAAGCAGAGAAAGAAGGAGAAGAUGGAGUUGAAGGCUGCGGCCAGAGAAAGGGGCGAUGAGGAGAAGACAGAUGGCCAAGAUGAGUUUUUCGGCAGCGAUUCUUCAGAAGAGGAAGAGGAGCAACAACCCAAGCCCAAGUCUAAGCCUAAAUCUCUUGAACCCACCCUUCCAGAUGAGGACGAUCUCGCUGCUAUCGUCGGUACCAACGAACCUGACUCAAACUUCUCUAUGAAAGAUAUCAUCAAAACCGAGAAGGAGGCUGGUAAGAAGCGAAGGAGGAGAAAGGGCAAAAAGGGAGAGCAAGAAAGAGAUGUCGAACUUGGUCCCGAUGACUGGAAAAUUGAUGUUAAGGACGAUCGAUUCAAGGCUUUGCAUGAAGAGCCGGAAUUUGCUAUUGAUCCUAGUAACCCUCACUUCGUCAAGACAAAGGCUAUGCAGGAUCUCCUUGCAGAACGGACCCGUCGCCGUAACAAUCAAAAGAAAAUUGAGCCCGAAGGACGCAAGUCUGCAACCGGUGUUAAGAAUGUUGAGCAGAAAGAGCAGGAUUUGGAUUCUUUGGUGGCUAGCGUGAAGCGGAAGAUGGAUCAGAACCAGCAUAAAGCGAAGAGAAAGAGGACAAGGAAGUAGUUUUGUACAGCCUUGUUUGUAAUGUAUAUCAGCUUUAUUAAUUCGCUUUCACCGGCUUGCAGUAUACUGGUUCGGCGCUCACGGCUAUAUUAAG